AUGGAUUCCCUUACGCGCACCACCGCUGCAGAUAUCGAGGAGAUGGCUGGUGGCUUCUCUCCGUCCCCGUCGCAGUCAUCCUACCUUGCCGACUCCAAGGAGAUGGAAUUCGGUCAACAUUGGACUCCGCUGUCCAACUACAAUGAUCCCGUCUACGUCCCAAGGUCCGCUCACUCGGUGCGAACGCCUUCCAACAGCGUAUCCUCGUCGCUCCGGAAAGACUCGAGGGCUUCGGACACAAGGCGACCAUCGCAGUCAGCUGCCAGCUACAGCCUGUAUCCUCCCUCCUCUCCUCCGAUAACAAAACCUCUUCCACCACUUCCCCUUAACAAGAACUCACGCCGUGUCUCUUCUCAUGGUUCAUUCGAUGGCUCCGACGCUGCUUCCUCCUUCUCGGCCUCCCGCCUCUCCCAGGCUUCCAGAUCAUCAAAGGCUACGUCAUCAGGUCCGGACCGCAUGUCGAACGAUGCCUUACCACCGUUGCCAAGCCCUCUCUUCCCUUCGCCCCCUCUACAUCAAUUCCCCAUGCCGAGUGAAGAACGACCAAAGCCCAAGACGAGGCCACGAGCGGGCUCCGCAGCCAUCGAUCUGGUGCCCUGGAAACACAUGAUCUCGAACGACAGGUCUACCAAAGACCCCACUGUUUUCUACUUCGACGUUUCGACUACCUCAGCCACUCUCGCCAGCAAACAUGGAAACAACAUCAUCAAGGUGUGGUCUGUGGGCAGUGGGGUUUUGCAGAGCACGAUCAAAUUCUCGUGCUAUACAGCCGCACAAGCCCGUUCGCGCGAAUACUUUGUCCGCAGUCACGCCAUUCUUUCCGAGCCAGCAACCAUGAUUGCCAUUGCCACAGGUUUUGGCGACACGCUUGAAGUAUGGGACUGGGCCAAGAAGAAGAAGCUCCAAGCUAUCGAUAAAGCAGAUCGAUGGGCGGCCGUCAGGACCAGUGUUUACGAAGCCGGCUUCAGCCCCUUAGUUACCUACGCAGGCGACGCCGAUACAAUCGAUCUUUAUUCCGUCACCCAAAGCAAGAAACCUUUCGCAAAGAGCCGUACCAUUGAACUUCGCAAAGCCAACCUCCCGGUCAUUCCCAAGUACCCCGAGCUUGCAUUCUCUGCAACCGGCCCCCUGCUUGUCGCCGCUUCUGGACCACGACCGCCUCGUCUUGGUCAUCCUCCUCCCGAGCGGGAAACGCUUCUCGUGGCCUGGGACGUCGGGGACCCUGCGGAUGAUUCCCAUACCCCAUACAAGUGUGUGACACCCUGGGCGCAUACUGAACUUGACACCGCCUUGCCGUCAGGUCUAGCAACUUACGGCUCCGUCGCCGUCUCCAUCUGGAUUCCAGCAUCAUACCGCGCCAUGCCCGUCCCCGCUGCACGUGGUGGGAAUGGGUACAAUCUGGCUCCAGUCCCUGUUCCCUAUCGCCACGUUCUAGUAUGGGACUUUUCAGCGUCCUCGACAAAGACCUUCCGUAUCCCUAACGCGAUAUCAUGUGUUAGUCCCGACUGUCGAUACGUGGCAUAUUGCGAUGCCACGGGCAUUGAUUUGGGUGGCCGUGGGUGUCUGGUGAUCCUAGAUGCCAUGACCGGGGCGGAGUUGUGGCGCUGGCCGGACCCGGAUGCUGGAGUCGUGGAAAGCGGGCCAAGGCAGGGGUACGAACAAUUGGAGGCAUUGAGCAAGGUUACCGAGUUGUCAUUCUCGACAGACGGUGGAUUCCUGUUUUUGGGAGAUUCAGACGGCGGCUGUGGUGUUUACGAAGUCAGAGAAGCGACAGCAGGAGCAAAUGGGCAGAAGCUAAAUGUCAGGCCCAUAAGGUGA